AUUCUACAAUGUUGAUAAAUGUCAAACAGGUUUUUUUGUAAAAAAAAAUAAUCCCAAAUUUUUAGUAGUAAAAUUAGUGCGAUAUCGACAAAAUUAAAUGGAAUAACUCCGGGGACCGUUUCCGCGUACGCGAGUGCCUUCGAAAUACGGUGCGGACGACGCCGGACAAAGAAAGGCGAGUGUUUACAGUGGAGCUCGAUGAAAGGCGAAAAAUAAUAUGGAGGAAUGCACAAAAGCAACUUUUCCACAUAAAGAAGAACCAAUACGUCAAAUAUGGGUAUUAUUGAUUCCUGCGUUGUUGAAAAUUUGCACCAGUUUUUAUCGCAGCAGUUGGAAUGGAUUGCCAGCAAUUUACGAGAUCGACAACGGGUACCUAAGUUUAUCUAAAUAACAAUCGUGUCUCUGGUAUGAGCCAUUGUUUUUGUUGUCGAAAUGAAUCAGAAAAGCGGAAACAUUCCUUCCGCUUCAAGAAAUCCUGCAUAUAAUGCCGCAGCACUAGAAAAAAUAAAAAAUGACUUGAAAUCAUUCGAAACAGUGCACGGAAUUCCUCAGAGUUCCGCUACAUCGAAGUUGAUACGUAAAACAAGCAUUGAAAGAGAAAUACCACCGUCAUCGCUACAUCUGCCAAGAAAUAGUCCUGCACUAGACUCCGGCGCGGGCAGUUCGCGAUCGAACAGUCCGCACUCACAACAGCUAGGGACGAGCCGAGUGCAGUUCUCGCCCUCGCCCUGUCCAUCAAAUUUCAGUGAUGCACCGCCCCUACCGCCACCACGAUGUUCAUCUACCCCGUCUACACCCCCUCCCCUGCAGUUACUCAAACGUAUGCCACAGGCACCGAUGGCCACAUCACGCAACGGCCAAUUUCAGUCCCAAAGCCCCGCCCGAGGAACAUCACCAAUAUCAAGCAACAGCAAUCUAAGGCCACCCAUCAUUGUGCAGAAUGGACCGCAGGUUCAGCAACAGUUGAACCAACAGAUGUCCUUUUAUAAUAAUAACUCGGCGGAACCGCCGCCUCCAUAUCCGAUAUCACCAAUUAGUCAAGUGGCACCGCCAAGCUAUUUAAUAUCUAUGAAUUGCCGACAAAGUCCUACACAAUCAUCGCAAGAUUUUCGCAAAAGUCCAAGUUCGGGAAUCUACUCAAGUGCCUCGGCGGGCUCGCCCUCGCCAAUUACUGUGUCGCAAAAUGCCAUCUGCAGUAGUUCAACGGCCAAACCAAUUGCCUUACCGCCGGCCCGCGGUGCUCGCCAAACCAACACCCAGCAUCCCAUAAUAAUGCAUUCAGUAAAGUCUACCCAGGUCCAAAAGCCUGUCCUCCAGACUGCAGUGGCUCCAUCGGCACCGACGACCGGCAAUGUAACUUGUGCAACCCCAAUGCAAUCGUCGAGUCCGAAUCCCGCUCCACCGCCACCGUCGUAUGCCACCUCGCUAGAGCAGAAGAAACUCAGCGGCAAAAAGGCAGUGGUCAAUGUUUUAGCAUCUCCGCCACAUAUCAUCGGUGCCGCAGGCGGAAGAGAUGGAGGAGGAGGAGUAGGUGGUGGAGGAAAGAAUGUUCCGUAUCCGACUGUCGCCACUGGCACGGCAAUUGCAAUGGGUGUUGGAACAAGCAACGUCGAUCCGCCUUCCUACGAUACAACAAUGAUUUUGAAACAAAAGCAGCCGCCACCCCAAACGAGAAAUUCGCAACCACCUCCUCCAUAUUCCGAGGGUAGUAAUGCCUUCAUCGCUAGCAAUAAUAACGAUGAUAAUAAUUUACAUGACCUGAAUGCCGGUAAUGCUGUACAUAGUAAUAGUAGUAAUAAUCUCAUAAAUCAUGCUAAUAACAAUAGUCAAUGCUUUAGCAAUUUAAUAAACAAUAAUCUUAAUAAUAAAAACAAUCAUAAUAGUAAUAAUACUGAUAAUAAUAUGAAUAAUAAUAACAACAAUGGUGAUAAAGUUGAAUGUGAUGGAAAAACGAAGAGCGACAACCUGAAUUACGGUAUUUCGUCUAGUUCAAAAAAGUACGAACCAAGUAUAAAAUGUAUCGCUAAUAACAACGUCAAUGCAGGCGGCAAUAACGGUGGUAAAAAUGUGAAUCUUCCGCCAAAUGGUGCAUCUGCUGGUCGGGUGGCCAACAGCCAGAUGCAGCAUCACGAUGCCUGCAAUAGUAAUAAAAACGACCACAAGCAUGGCUGCCGGCCAGCUGCCAAUACCAAACCCAACGGUAUAACAUCGAACCAGGCCGGCCACGAUGAGCACCCGGCGGAGCGGCCAGUUCCUGCGAGCAAAGCUCACUCUCAAGGGGAGCCCUCAAAGAAAAUCAAACACCAAUCGCCCAUCCCGGAACGGAAGCACAUUUCCAAAGAGAAGGAAGCGGAGCGGUUCGAGUGCAAGGUACGCCACUACUCACCCCAGGCGUACAAGUUCUUCAUGGAACAGCACAUCGAAAACGUCCUGAAAUCCUACACCCAGCGAAACUUCCGCAUCCGCCAGCUGGAGAGCGAAAUGUCCAAAAUGAACCUUCCGGAGGAAACCAAGAUCGAGAUGCGGAAGCUCCUCUGGCAGAAGGAGAGCAACUACAUACGGUUGAAGCGGGCCAAGAUGGACAAGUCCAUGUUCUCCCACAUCAAAACCAUCGGGGUGGGCGCGUUCGGUGAGGUGACACUGGUCAAGAAAAUCGACACCCCCAACCACCUGUACGCGAUGAAAACCCUCCGGAAGUCAGACGUACUGAAGCGGAACCAGGUGGCGCACGUUAAAGCCGAGCGGGAUAUUCUUGCCGAGGCAGACAACGAAUGGGUCGUUAAGCUGUACUAUAGUUUUCAGGAUAAGGACAAUCUGUACUUUGUCAUGGAUUACAUCCCAGGAGGUGAUCUUAUGUCGCUUCUCAUCAAGAAAGGUAUAUUUGAAGAGGAUUUAGCUCGAUUCUACAUUGCCGAGCUAACCGUGGCUAUUGAGAGUGUCCACAAAAUGGGAUUUAUCCAUAGGGACAUUAAACCGGAUAACGUACUGAUUGAUAAGAAAGGUCACAUCAAACUAACCGACUUUGGACUCUGCACGGGGUUUCGCUGGACGCAUGAUUCUAAGUACUAUCAAAAGAAUGGAGAUCAUGCGCGGCAAGACUCAAUGGAAGCGUGGAGCAAAGCUGGUUCGGAGAUUCCACCCCCUUUGGAAAGGCGAAAAUUCAGAGAGAAAAACCGAGCGAAAGCUCACUCUAUCGUCGGUACACCGAACUACAUUGCUCCUGAGGUUCUACUACGGAGUGGAUAUACUCAGCUGUGCGACUGGUGGAGUGUCGGUGUGAUAUUAUACGAAAUGCUGGUGGGUCAACCUCCUUUCCUAGCAGCUACGGCAGAAGAAACCCAGAUCAAGGUGAUUAACUGGCGGCAAACGUUGAAAAUACCUCCGGAAGCAAAGCUUUCACCGGAGGGACAAGAUAUUAUCCUUCGGCUGUGCAAAAACGAGGAUGAACGCAUGGGGAGGGACGUGAACAAAAUCAAGUCCCACCCAUUCUUCCGGACCAUCGACUUUACGAAGGAUUUGCGGAACCAACCGGCACCGUACGAACCAAAAAUCAAAUAUGCUACUGACACAUCAAACUUCGAUCCAAUUGAUCCGGGGAAGCUGCACGACUCGUCCUGCGAGGAAAGCGGCCAGAGCUUCGACGAUAUGUUCGACAGCAGCAAACCCUUUCAUCAUGGAUUUUUCGAAUUCACUUUUCGGCGAUUUUUCGACGACGAUGGUGAUCAUAAAAUAUCGCUCGACGCUAGCGACAAUCAGACCGAAGCUAUAUAUGUAUGAAAUGCGGAGAGUUUUACUAACAACUAUAUAUAUGAAAAUUAUGUUAAUACUCUUAAAAUAUUAGCAAUUAUAUUUAAAAGUACGAUAUGUAAAAAUAAUUAUUAUAA